GCAGAACCAAAAAAAAAACAGGGGGAGAUCGAAUGAACAGAAGUGGAGAGGAGGAGGAGGAGGAGGUGGUGGCCGAGAAGAGGAGGAGGAGGAGGAAGAGGGAGGGGGUGCAGGUGGCUCUCAGGGGAGGCUGCCUGGCUGCUUCAGCCACGGCUAUGGCGGUGAUGCUGACGGCUACAGAGGAGGGAGUGGCAGACGUCUAUGGCUUCAAGCUUACUCUCAACUCCAAGUGGUCUUUCUCUCCCUCCUACCAGUUUGUGGUGGGGGCAUGCACAGCGACCAUGCUAUACUCCCUGUUCCAGCUCUGUCUCGGUGCUUACAGGCUCCUCACCGGAUCUCUCAUUACACCCUCCCGCUUCCAAGCUUGGCUUUACUUCAUCACCGAUCAGCUCUUUGGCUAUUUGAUGAUGAGCGCUGGAUCAGCCGGUUUUGGAGUUACCAACCUCAACAAAACCGGCAUCAGACACACUCCUCUCCCGGACUUCUGCAAGACCCUUUCUUCUUUCUGCAAUCACGUCGCCCUCUCUCUCCUCCUAGUCUUCCUCUCAUUCAUCUUCAUCGCCUCCUCUUGUCUCUUUAAUGUCCUUGUGCUCUCCACUCCCUAGUCUUAUGGACUCUCUCUAUCCUUGUUGCUUUAUAUAUAUAGACAGACUCUACUUACGGUCACUUGCAUUCCCAAAACAAUGUAUCUGCUUAUUUUUUUUGCAAGUGUAAUUCUCUCUAGAGAAGCACCACAAAUUACAACA